GUAUCCACGACAAGAAAGGAAUUCAGAAAAGCACUAAGGAUAUUAGAUCAGCUGUUGAUUUCAAAGAAAAAGUAUCCUCAUUUGAAAGAAGGAGUUCAAUGGAACACAGUUCUAGUCUAACAAAAUCGCUUUCUUCCAGAAAACCACCUCCGAUACCUAAUAAGCCUCGAUUACGUUCUAAAAGUGUUCCUGAUGCAAACUUCUUUCACGAAUCAAAUGGCGAUUGUAAAGCAUUUGAUGAUUCUGAUGAUAAAGAAGUUAAUAAUAGUGACUCAAACUUUGAAUGUACAAAUGAUUCUCAAUGCUCAAAUGAUCUAGAUCAAUCUUCAGUAAACAAUCAGGAAAAUUUGGAUUCUGGAUCAGAAUCAAAGAAUACUUCUGCUGAAAUAAUUGAAAAAAAUAUUGAAAAAAUUAGUAAAAAUAAGGAUGAUGAUGAUGAUGUAAAGACUUACCCAACCACAACAAAUUGUGAUGAUAAAGAAGAAAGUCAACCUCAACGUUUAGUUAAUUUAAAUCCAAUUUAUCAAGAUUCUGGUUUAAACAUAAUUUAUGAUUCACAUCCUACACAAGAAACUGAAAAUGCUAAAGAGAAACUUGAAUUAUCAUUAAAAACCGAGCAACCAGUUUCAAUGCUUUUGGAAUCGAAGGAAGAUAGCAAAAAUGAAGAUGAAACGAAGGAAGAUAGUAAAAAUGGAGACGAAGAAGCAAAACAUUUAGAUAAAAAUUUAGUAAACAGCAAUGAUUCGACCAAAACUCUCACAGAAAAUGUAUCACAGUCUAUUGAAGAGAAAAAUAAUGUACAGGAAGUAAAGAAUGAGGAGCAUGUCUUGAAACUUCAAUAUGACAACUUAUUGAAUGCAGACAUUUAUCAAAUUCCACUCAAUCUAAAUCAGGAUGAUAUACUUCUCGCCGAUCUGGACGUUUCACCUAGACAAUUGGAACCGCCAAAGGAAAAACCACCCCCUCCUCCCCUCGAUAUGUCAGAUGUUGAAAGUUCUGAGAAUGUACCAACAACACGUCACAACAGUACAAAAGAAAUAAAACGGGAACUUUGGAAAAGAAGAUCUGAUUUCUUGGGAAUUGAAUUUGAAGAUGGUGCUAUAGAAGUUGAUGAAAAUCAAAUUCCACCACCAUCAGCAAUGGAAGAUUUCUUGAAAUCUGAAAGGGAGCUCGAAAGAGAAAAGAGACAAUUAUUAGAAGAACAGACGUCAAUCAGACUUCAAAGGCUAGCCGAAGAGGAAGAAAUUGCACGUAAAGAAAGAGAGAUUAUAGAAAGUAUUGAAAGAGAAGAAAGAGAACGACAACAACAAGAGUUGGAAGCAGGAAAUUCUAAUUUAAAUGAAGAAAGCACAUUAUAUGAAAAAUCUGAAACAAACCAGCAAUGUAAAGAGCAAGAUAGGCUACAAGAACAACAAAUCUUACAAGAAAGAGAAGAAUAUGUUAAACAGCAAGAGGAUAAGGAAACACUUAAAAAAACAAAUCAACACAACACCAGUGGAUCUAAACAAUCAAAUGUAAAUUCUGUUGAUACUCUUUCUUCUCUUUCUUCAAAUUCUUCUGCAAAAAUUAAAUCUGAAGAAGCAAAAACUGAUUCUGUUCUUCCAAAUCGAACUCCUUCUAAAAAGAUGUUGCUAAGACAAGAAAGAGAGCGUUUACGAAGAGAACAAGAAGCUUUACAAAAGCAAAGAGAAGAAUAUGAACGGCAAGUCAAACUUCAACAACAGAAAUGGUUACAGCAACAGCAACAGCAGACCACUUCGAAACAGAAGCAAAACAAUGUUUCUUCACUGUCACAAAAUAAAGUGCCAAAUAAAACGUCUUCAUCUCAUGAAACAGCAACAGCGACAUCUAAUCAAGUCAAAGACGAAUUAUGGGAAAGAGAAGACAUCAUUUAUGCUAGUCGUCAACCACAGGCUGCUCCACCUACACAAUCUGAUGAUAUGAAAUUAAGAAAUGAAGGAAACGAACUUUCCAAUGGUAAAAUGGCAUUACAACCUCAAGCAUUAAGCAAAAGGAGUCUUCACAACCUUGGAGCAGCACCUAAAGCAAAAAUUGUAAAUAAUGAAAAAUGGAUUAAACCAGCUGAAAAGGUUUUAAAGCGUCGUACAGAAACUACAUUAGAAAGUGGAUAUAACCAAUACCACUGGUUAGUGCAAGAAGCCGAAAUGAGGAGGAUCACUGAACAAAAAGAACGACAGUGCCAGUUUGCUUCCGAACACAGAUCCAUUCAUAGCAGAAGCUCUGGCAUUACUCUAAAUCACCAGUCACAAACUAAUAUGUUACAUCAUAAUCAAAAACAACCGUUAAAUCACAUAACUCCUUCCGCUCACCCCUGCAGCUAUUCAGUGGAUCACCAAUGGAACAGAAGCAAUAACACCACGAACGGAAGGCAUAGUGGACAGUUAAAGGAUGGUAAACAAUGUUUCGGAUACACAAAGCCACACAGAGACAUUUCCCCAACCAAGCCUCCCCGGAGUAGGAAUUCUAACACCCAAGAACAUUUGUUAUCUGUUAGUGGGAGGAAGAGGUGUUCCCAUUGUGGGGAAGAACUUGGACACGGGGCUGCUAUGAUUAUCGAAUCUUUGCAAUUGUUUUAUCAUAUCCAGUGUUUCUGUUGUUGUGUAUGUCAAGCACAGUUAGGUAAUGGUUCUUGUGGUACAGAUGUUCGUGUAAGAAAUAAUAAAUUACAUUGCCAACAUUGCUAUAGCAAUGAUGAAGCUGGACUCAAAUUCAGUCAAGUAUGAGCAGCCUCUUAGUUCUUGGUUUAGUUUCAUACAAAAUUCGAAAUAAAAAAAGAAAAAACAUUGUUUCAUAUAAAGCGAAAAGACAGAUUUUUUUAGUUGUCGUCCAAAAAAUGUCAACGACAGUUCUGUGAUUUUAUAUAUAGUGAGAUGAUGUUUCUUGGAAUGUAAAUAUUUCACACUUACUGAAGCUUGACCUUUUGAUUGUUGGAAUUUAUUAAAUGGAAUGUUAUCUCAAAUGAUUAUUUGUAAGACCGUAAGAAUGUCGACGUCCGAACGAAUAUAUCACUGUUUGAACCGUCUCACCUGCGACGGGAUUGUUCAACAAGACGUCGAUCGCCACUCCCGACACUCUUAGGCAUUAGUUUUAAACGUUUGCUCUCGACUAAAGGACGUAUUUAGCCAAAACAUUCGUUUGACGGCUGUGAUCUCAGACUAAGUGCCUUCCUCCGAAAGAAAAAA